GGUUACAUAACUGACACGUUCUGUUCUACCACACCACAGCCCGAAUAUUCUCCUUCAGACCCAAGGGAAAGUACUACCUGGAGAGCUCAUCAACCAUGACCGAAGAUAAGGAAAAGUCGUCUGGCGAAGGUCGCCGCGUCUCUACACAUGAAGAGGGCAUCAACCUUCCCGCUGAUCCGGAUGCUCAUCGGACAGAUGAGGAAAAGGCAGAAAUCGACCGCAAACUCGUUCGACGUCUCGAUUUCAUGCUCAUCCCAUGGCUAUGCCUACUCUAUCUUCUUGCCUUUUUGGAUCGCACAAACAUCGGCAAUGCUAAGAUCGCUGGUGUUCAAAAAGAUCUGAAAUUGUCUGAUGGCCAAUACAGUGCUUCUCUCAGCAUUUUCUUUGUCUCGUAUGCGGUGUUCGAGCCGAUCACGAAUAUCAUGCUGAAGAAGUUCCGCCCUUCCAUCUUCAUUCCCAUCAUCAUGGUUUUCUGGGGUGGUAGCAUGGUGGGCAUGGGUUUCUGUUACAACUGGGAUGGUUUGAUGGCAGCCAGAUGGUUUCUCGGGCUGGCUGAAGCCGGUCUGUUCCCAGGCGUCAACUACUACUUGUCGUGCUGGUACAAGCGCUCCGAGUUUGGCAUCCGCGCUGCCAUCUUCUUCUCCGCUGCGGCCUUGUCCGGUUCCUUUGGCGGUCUUCUCGCCGCCGCCAUCGAACACAUGGACGGCAUCGGCCAUCGCCCCGGCUGGGCCUGGAUCUUCAUCCUCGAGGGUCUCCUCACCGUCGUCAUUGGCUUCGUUUCCUUCUGGAUGGUCCACGAUUUCCCCGACGAGGCCAAAUUCUUGUCCGAAGACGACCGCGCCCGCGUCGUCCGCCGCCUCAAGCUGGACCAGCAGGCCUCCGCCGAGCACGAGACCUUCCAGAUGACAUACCUCUAUCAAUCCCUGCGCGACUGGAAGAUGUGGCUCGGCAUGGUCAUUUACAUGGGCUGCGACAUGCCGCUGUACGCCUUCUCGCUCUUCCUUCCAGCCAUCAUUAAGGGUCUCGGCUGGAACACGUCGACGGUGCGGUCGCAGCUCAUGUCGGUACCGCCAUACGCCGCGGCGGCCGUUUUUACCGUGUUCAUUGGCUACGUUGCCGAUCGCACCCGCCAGCGCGGGCUCUGCAACAUCUUGGUCUCGGUCAUUGGCGUUGCCGGCUUCGCCAUGCUUUUGGCGUCCAACUCGCCCGCGGUGCAGUACGUCGGCGUCUUUUUGGGUGCGCUGGGCAUCUACCCCUGCAUCUCCAACACGGUCACCUGGAUGGCCAACAACGUCGAGGGCGUGUACAAGCGCGGUGUCGUGCUGGGGUUCGUCAUUGGCUGGGGUAACUUGUCGGGCAUCAUCAGCAGCAACAUCUACGCCAACCACAAGACGGGCCAUGCCAUUGUCAUGGGGUUCUUGGCCGUUUUCCUGUUUGGCGGGUCCAUCGUGAUGACGGUGCUGCUGAGGGCCGAGAACGGAAAGAGGCUGAGGGGCGAGAGGGAUCAUCUUGUGGAGGGAUUGGAUGAGAAGCAGAUUGAUAAGUUGGGGGAUAUGAGGCCUGAUUUUUACUAUACUACUUGAGCACGUACGUGCAGUUCAGGGACGUGUUACGGGUUGGCAUCUGUUUCAGGUGUGCUUUGGUUUGGCCGGCGUGGGGGAUGGGGGUUAUUCCUUAUCUUAUUUUUUUUUAUUUUUUUUUUUGGAAAUGUCUCGGUGGAUUUGAGUUGUACGUGAGAUUUGGAUCAGUUAUCGUUUAGUGAUGGAAAACCCAAGAGAGAGAAAAUCGGCAUUUGAAUGG